AUGGCUGAUAUCACAGCGGCUCCAGAGAUGUCUGAGGAAAGGCCUCCAAUUGCACCCACACCAGGCCCAAAGCCCCAGGAUUUACAACUUCCGGAACCCAACUCACCAGCAAAGUACAAUGAGUCAGCUGCACUUCAGAUAGUAUCGCCUGGAUUGCCCCAGUUGAGCUCAAACAUGCUGGACACCGUUAAACGAAGCAGGUCCAUUGAGGCCCAACAGAGGAACCUCAUUUUGGAACGAAUGAGAGGACUUUCUGCCCGAGAGCCGGCCUCGAUAAUACAGCAGGUUUUACCACGAUCUGCCACGGCAGCAAUGUCAGUUUUGCCGCAGCAUUCCGGAACCGGACUGACGGACGAGAUGAAUACGAGUUCCAUAGGAUCGUUUCCACAGGUCAAAGGGCUCAAGCGCAAACGAGCACCACCUCCCCUGGCAAUACCGAAUGCUCGCACUGUUUCUGGACCAGAGAUCAAAUCUGCUCCGCUCUAUUACGCACAUCCCUACCAACAAGAAUACGUUCCCCAUCCCCACGCCAGACAGCACCUGGUUCCCGUUCCCGUUCCGGGCUACAGAUACCCACCAGUGGCUCGUUUUGCUCCGCAUAGAAGACCGUUGAAACCGCGAGUAUUCUAUCUGGAUCCUCCCGUGACUACAGCGCAAAACAGAUAUCGUGUGCGUUUUCAGCAGGCGCGCGAAGCUACAGAUAUGAGUUCUGCUACGGUGGGAGAGUCGGAGGUGGUAAUGGAUGUUUUCCGGGACGAGCGUCAGACCAAGGCACCCAUGGCUGCUCAGCCGCUUUCUGCUCAAAGGGCCACUUUCGAUCUUGACGAAAAGGAAGAUGCUAGUGAAGAAGCCAACCAGUCUGGAGAAGGAUAUCAACCUGAAGAAGCUGAAGCUCCAGAAGCCACAGAGACCACUUCAGACACAGAGGAUGUGGAAUCGAAAGCGAUUGAAGACGAAGCUACCCCAGGCGGGAUCACGCGUCCUCCUCGGCAGCUCAAGGGUGAAAUCAAGAUCGACAACGAUGUUUACAUGUACGAUCUGCCGCUAACAGGCGACUUCUUGAACGAUAAGAGACGGUAUUUGAGUUUGUGCCAGACCGCUUGGGACGAGUUCGCAAAAACAAUAUGA